UGCGCUCUUGCCUAGCAUGGUUCAUCAGUAUCGUUCGAGCCGGUAACGCGUUCGGUUAGUUCAGGUUGAAGCGCUGUAUUCCCUCGAGGACAGAAUUGGACCGGAGAUUAUCCGCGGCAAUCGAUUCCGGAACGUGAGCUCGCGUGCGUAUCUGUAAACUGCUCUGGGCGCCGCGUCGAUUAAUGGUCACACAUGUGAUUUCCUGUAGUGCAGUUUUGUUCUUUGGACCUGUUUCGUCAGUCAGUGGGGUGGUCCAAUGUACAUGUAGGUACCUAAUUUACGGCUAUGAUUAGAUUCUUAUUGCUGUUUUCGCUAAUCAUCGUGGUCGGCGCUUUCAUAAUUGGUAGUGCCAGUACAUAGACAGAUAAUCGUCGGAAAUAAUCCCGUUUACUAGAAACACAGAAAAGGCGCCACAAAAAAUCCUCUCGAUGCGUUAUCGCGUUCGACAGUAAACCAAAGCACGCAAAUCGGCACCCGAGCCGAGCACCGAGAGAUAGAGAUUACAGUUGUCCCGCAUACCCCUCAAACCACAUGGCCUUGCUUCCGGCAGUGACCGCGGGGCGUCGUAGCUAGUAGCCGCUAUCAGUCACCCGCGUGUCUUCGGUGAACUCGCGAGCAGAAUGAAGAUUUUCUUUCGCAAAAAGUGCGGCUUCCUGGUGAUUUUGGUGUUUGGGCUGCUGUUCAUCUUCUGGAACAACGUUUACCUGUUUCACGAGCCGCAGAUCAAACGAAAGGUGGACGACCUAAAUCAAACCGCCAGUUUGGCGCUCGUCUACAGCAACUGGAACGAGCUGAGUCGACAUGGGGCCGAGCUGGUCGGUGGAAGCAAUACUACGUCUCCGAUCAAUGGCACCUACCAGCGACACUAUUUUAAUUUGGAGCUGAGCGACCGGAUUGGCGUCGAUCGAACGCUGCCCGAUACGCGACACGCAAAUUGCAAAACGCGGGAGUUCCUAACCUCCCCGGGCCGCACCACAUCUGUGAUAAUCACGUUCCACAAUGAGGCCACCUCAACUCUGUUGCGUACCAUCGGCAGCGUACUGAAGCAAACUCCCCCAGAACUGCUGCAGGAAAUCAUCGUUAUCGACGACUGCAGCACAUCGCUCGAGCACAACCUGGACUUUCUGGGUCGGAUUCCCCUGGUGCGAUUCCACCGGAAUUUCGUCCGGGAAGGUUUGAUUCGUUCCAGGAACAUUGGAGUGGCGUACGCCAGCGGAGAUUUCGUCCUCUUUCUGGACAGUCACUGCGAGGUGAACCGAGGCUGGUUGGAACCGUUGGUGGAUCGAUUGACGGUGGACUCCACGGCGGUGCUGAGUCCCAUUAUAGACAUCAUCGAUGCGGAUAGUUUCGAAUAUCGACCGAAUUCGGCGCGACUGCGAGGUGGAUUCGAUUGGAGUUUGCGAUUUCGGUGGCUUCCGGUGGCAGAGGAGGAACUGGAGCACCGGAACCAUGACGAGUCUCAGCCGUUCUACAGUCCGGCCAUUUCCGGUGGGGUGUUCAUAGUGUCGAAGACCUUGUUCCAGCAGCUGGGAGGGUUCGAUGGUGGGUUGGAGAUUUGGGGCGGCGAAUCGCUGGAGUUUUCGUUGAAGACUUGGCUUUGCGGCGCCCACGUGGAAGUGGUCCCGUGUUCCCGGAUAGGGCAUGUGUUCCGUCGGAAGCAUCCGUACGGGUUUCCACAGGGAAGUGCCGCUACUUAUUUGAGAAAUACCAAACGAAUCGCGUCCGUCUGGAUGGAUGAGUUCCAGAACUUUUUCUAUGAGACUCGGCCGGAAGCCAGUGGACUCUCGGUGGGCUCUCUGCAGCAAAUGAAAGAUCUGAAGCGGCGAUUAAACUGCCGCAAAUUUAGUUGGUACAUGCAGAAUGUGUUCCUGGAUUUGAAGCUGCCCAACGAGAACAAUGCAGCCUUUGGCCACUUGCGACAUGGCGAGCGGUGUUUGGACGUGAAACCAAAGUACAAACGGUCCCGGAAGCGAAGCCACCGGCAGCGGAGGUUACCCCAGGGCAACGAUGUCCUAUUGGUGGAGUGCAGCCGGGAUGAUGCGGAUGGUGCAAGCAAGUGGUCCCUGAACAAGAAGACCGGCCAGUUGAGUACGGAUUCGGGGGCGUGUAUGAAUGUGCGGCAGGGUAUGGUGCAGCUGGAGCAGUGCGAGGACGAGAAUGGAGAUCAGCAGUCGCAGAGGUGGGAGAGGAAGGGCGGCACGCUGGUACACAGUGAGACUGAAAUGUGCCUGGAGAACUUGGUUAGCGCCGACGUGGGCGUGAGUGAGUGCCGAAGGGGGGCCCCUAGUCAGCUGUGGAAUUUCUCCGUGGAGAUACAGCAUUUGAGAUGACAUCAGGAUAGGUAGAAUAAUAAAUCGUUUUUAAAAUAUGCAA